GAGUAUUGCUCAUUCACUCCAGCCUGGAAGGACGGACGUCUGAGUGGAGCAUGGAGCAGGCCGGUUUAGUGAAGCCAGAGACGUUGGACGGGCUUAUUAAAAUUCUACACAAAAUCUUCGAAAAUGACAUUAUCAACGUGGAAGAAGUGCAGAACAUUAUGGAGGCAUAUGCAAGUAAGCCUCAGGAAUGGAUGAAAUUUGCAAAAUUUGACCAAUACAGGUAUACCAGGAAUCUUGUCGAUGAGGGAAAUGGCAAAUUCAACCUUAUGAUUCUCUGUUGGGGUGAAGGGCAUGGCAGUAGUAUCCAUGACCACACAGACUCUCACUGCUUCCUGAAGCUGCUCCAGGGUCAGUUGAAGGAAACGCUGUUCGAAUGGCCUGAUCGUAAAGCCCAUGGCGACAUGGUCCAGAAAUCUCAGCGAAUCUUAAGAAACCAGUGUGCUUACAUCAAUGAUUCCAUAGGCCUGCACCGGGUAGAGAACGUCAGUCACACAGAAUGUGCAGUCAGCUUGCACCUGUAUAGCCCUCCCUUCUCACACUGCCAGACCUUUGACCAGCGAACGGGCCACAGGAAUACUGUCAGAAUGACAUUCUGGAGCAAAUUUGGGGAGAGGACGCCAUUUGAAACUAUAGUCUCACAAGAAAACAACUGAGAUGUGAGAGGACAACACAUGGAAUUCUCAAAUUUGGAAAUUGAAUCAUUAAUGACAUGGCAAUAUUGGGUAAUAAAAAAUAUAUUGAGUCAACACUUUUUUUUUGUUGCUAAGGACAUUGAAUUUGGACAGUGCUAAUUCAAAAAGUGUUUAAUCACCCAGUGUUAUCUUGACAAAAGAAAAAUAAAUACUGCUGAACACGAAUGGUAUUAGGUAGCACUGAGCCAUGACUCUGUUCUCUGUUUAACAGGCUUAAACAGCCCGUUCUCCUUACAGCAUUCCUAAGUGUCUGUGGCCUGUGUAAUCAUUUUUGUACUGUAAUGAGGCUGAAAGAUGUUUUGAUAAAUCAUGUAAUGUAUAUGAAGGUGUUUUCAUUUGUUUUGCUUUGUGGUCCCAUCAAAGUAAAGAUGCCCUUGAUCAAUACGAUGCAUGAACACACAUUAGAUCACUUUUUAUUUUGGCAGAUGUGUUGACUUUCCAGGUCAGCUUACAUGUCAGAAAAUUUUAACAUAAUGUUAUGACUUUCAUAUUCAGAGAUAUGCCCUUUAUUUAAAAGUCAAGUUCAGUCUUAUAUUAGAAAUGUGUUUCUUUCUUAGUUUUUUUUAAACAGCAGAUAAAGUAGUGAAUGGUACCAUGAAUAACACUUGUUUUUCAUCACAAUAUUUCAAGCUGUAACUGUAGAGGUAUUUAUAAGUUUGCGUGAACAGCCUUUUCUGUAAUAAUGCUUAUUCUAUCAGCAGAGCGGCUGUGAUCUACAAAAUUCUUGCUCUGACUGUACACCAAUAAAAUAUUAUUUCUAUAAAA